AUGAAUAUGAAUUGUGUAUUUUCUGUUGUUAUCUCAAAAAUCAUCAACAAUGAUCCAAUGUCAGCUGAAAUGUUUCUCAAUCGUUAUUCGUUGCCGAGAGUGGCUCGAUUAAUUGUGCCACAGACGAAAGGUAUUUAUGAUGAAAAACUGAAUCAGUCAUCAAAUUCAAUGGCAGUAAAGAGCAAAAAGUCAGUAAAUCAUGGCAAUAGUAGUUAUCCAAUUAAUUCCAAUCAACAACAAAUGACUACCAACAGCCAUGAGAGUGGAAAUGGUGCAAACUAUCAACAGCAAAACGAUGACAUAAAAGCUAAUGCAACAACAGUCAUAGCGGAUAACAAUAAUAACGGAGAAUUAUUUUUGUUGUAUCGGCACUUGAAGAAGUAUAAAGUUUAUCAUGCGAUCAAUGCAAAAAGUGGCACGAACAGGAAGAAAGGCAUUAAGAUACCACAAGAUUUUACAGAUGAUGUUGCUGCUCCUACCUCCUAUUAUAAAGUCAUUGGAAAUGUCUCACUUACAACUUUUCUUAUUUAUCAUAAGUACAUGCUCGACGAGAAGAAAUGUCGCCAAAAUCGAGCAAAGAACUUGUUUGUUUGCCUUCAAAAUAAUAAUAAAGCUACGACAAGUGAAUGUGAAUGUAUGCCAGUAAGUGACAAUAAGCACAUUCAUAUCAAUGACCUAUUAAUGUGCAAGAAGCGACAUGAUAAGCAACACUUUUCGGCUAUCAUUGACGAUGAUGAUUUUUAUAGCCUGGCAUAA